UACGGACACACAGACGAGACGACCACAAAUCACUCCGGCCGGUCGUAUCCACACUGCUAGUGCUACUUGCUGCCGCUUCUUUCCUUGGUCUCUCGUUGUUCUCUGCGGCGACUAGACUACAGUGGGUCUCCUCACAAUCUGCGGCGGCGACGGCGUCGAAGAGCUCGAUCUGUUCAACGUUCGCUCAGCAGAGGCGAAGAGUUGCUGUUCGGUGUUCUUCAGGAUGCUCUUCUUCGAUUGAGCCAAGCCAGAAUUGGAUCUAUAUUCUCCAGUAGUUCAUCUUGGGUUGCUGCAAAUUGGAUUUGAAGGAGCUGCUAUUCAAGAAUUUCGACCCAAGGACAAUGCUAUAGCGGUGUGCAGAUCAGAGAGCAAAGACAAAUAAAAUAUCGAGGUAUGGAGGCCGCUGCUGGGGCGUUGAGCCCUGUCCUCCGUAAGCUCGGUGAGCUGCUCGCCGGAGAAUACAACCUGGAGAAGCGAGUAAAGAAAGGUGUACAAUCACUUCGUACAGAACUGGAGAUGAUACACGCCGUACUUCGUGAGGUUGGCAAGGUGCCACUGGAUCAGCUCCAGGAGCCGGUCCGGAUUUGGGCUGGCAAGGUGAGAGACCUCUCUUGCGACAUGGAAGACGCUGUUGAUGACUUUGUGGUGCGUGUGGAUGAGGGUCCAAGCAGCAAGCCAACGAACAUGAGGAAUCGUGUCAAGAAGUUCCUCAAGAAGACCACCAAAUUGUUUGGUAAUGGCAAAGCACUUCAUCAAAUCUCUAGUGCCAUCAAAGAAGCUGAGGACCUUGCCACGGAGUUGGUGGGGCUGCGUAAAAAGUAUGAGCUUGACAUGCGUAGCACUAGCAAUGGUGCUACCAUUGACCCUCGUGUGUUGGCUCUGCACAAAGAUGUAGGGGAGCUUGUUGGCGUUGACUGCACAAGGGAUGAGCUUAUCAAAACACUGAUUUGUGAGGACGGGAGUUCCAAGGAGCAAUUGAAGACCAUCUCUAUUGUUGGUGUUGGUGGGCUAGGCAAGACAACACUCACCAAAGCAGUCUAUGAGAAGAUCAAAGCCCAAUUUGAUCGUGGCGGCAGAUUGAUAGAAAGCAUGCGUGAAAGCUGGGUGCCCCCUUUUCUCCUUCGUGGUUCUCGCGACUUCCAAAGUGGGUUAAUUCAAGUUCGCUUCCCCACCUCUCCACCCUGGAAAUAGACGUGGAAGAACUGCAAGGGGAAGACAUUCAGAUCAUUGGGAUGCUGCCUGCUCUUCGGUUUCUGCGGCUGCGUGCAAGUCGCGUGAUGGGAAGGUUGGUUGUGAGGGCCGAUGCAUUCCCAUCUGCGAGAUGCUGCAUGUUGAGAGGGUUUCCGACGGCACCGUGCCUUUUUCCACCUGGAGCUAUGCCAAGGGUUCAGCGGUUUGAGUUCUGGGUCUCUGCACGAUCGAUCGCAAGUCGUGAGGUUGACUGCGGCAUGGGCCACCUCCCUUCUCUCGAGCAUGUCCAGGUUUAUCUGCAGCGUGAGAAUUCCAGCGAUGAAGAGAUGGAGACAGCCAAGGCUUGGCUGAGGCGCGCAGCAGAAGCCCAUCCAAAACGUCCCACCAUUGAAAUAUCCUAGACUGUUGAGUGCUGACAUGCCUUUGCCGCCAGUAAGACCUCCAGUGAAAUCCUGGAGUCAGGUACUAGUAAUUCCAUCAGUUGAUGCCGUGGAUGCUGUUCCAACAUUUUGAUAGGCCAGAAACAAUUCACAGUGCCGUCGCAGUCACCAACAAUUCACUGUGCCGUCCAAGUCACCAACAAUUCACUGUACCGCCGCAACUCCCAAUAAACCAAGGCUCAUUCCCUCCAACGUAUGCUCAGAUUCUGCCCUUUCACAUGAUUGUUCAUGAUGAACUAUUUAUUUCUCCUGCAUUUGCUUUCAGAAACGCAGCACCUCAUUUCCUUUAUUAAGUCAAGACUCUGUACAAUAAAAGUUUGCAUUCAGUUGGCACUAUUUGUAGCAGUAAUGCCUCUACGUGUAUUUGAUUGUUCACAUACAACAUUGUUAUGUUUUACUGGCUUAUAUUAAUUAAGAGUUGAUUGAACUCC